AUGUCUUCGAGAUGGAAAGACCUUGCCAAAAAUGGCUGGCAUCCAGAGAAGGAAGGGACGACAUUCAAGGGCCAGAUGAAAAGUCUCGUGGGUCGCGGUGAUUCAAGCCAGGAUCGCAGUUCCCACGUCGCCGUCCCGAUAUCGUCCCUGCGCGACCCGGCCUCCUUUGCUCCUCCGCCCAAACGCGAUCCCUCGGCACCCAUUCCUCCUCCAACCUCGUCGUCUUAUGCGCCUGCACUGCCUUCGUCGACAAGACCAGGUCCACCAGCUCCCCCGGCUCGAUUCGAGCAGCAGCAGUCUCCGGGCGCUGCACCACAGCAAGAAAGUCCCAUGGAAGCAGCGCCUAGGCCCGCGCCCAAGAAAUGGCAGCUCGAUACCACGGGCUUGUCUACAGCACACCUUCCACCGCCGCCAGGACGACGAGAUGGUGCAGAUGGCCGUUCGCCCGUUUCGGCUGGGACGCCGGUGUCCGCUUCGGGGACCAUCACAAAAGGCCCGCCGCCAUCUCUCCCACCUCGCCUGCCUCCCAGAUCCGGCACAAACUCUCCCGUGCGCACUGCAUCGCCCAGUCUGCCAUCAAGAUCUGCGACGCAUACGCCUACGCCUCAGCCUGUAGCGACAGCAGAAAGCGGAUUCCUAAAUCAAGGUGCAGCGAGCCGAUUGGGAGCGGCCGGCAUCUCCGUCCCCGGCUUUGGAAUCGGUGGAAACAAGACCGGCCCCGCGCCGCCUCCACCUCGCUCGCCAGCUACUUCCAUUUCUCCAGCUCCACCGCCAUCACAGGGUACGACGUGGCAGCAAAAGCAGGCCGCACUAAAGACGGCGUCCCAAUUUCACAAGGACCCCUCGAGCGUCUCCUUUUCGGAUGCAAAAUCUGCGGCCAGCACAGCAAAUAAUUUCCGUCAGCGCCACGGGGAGCAGGUCGCAGGCGGGCUCCGAACCGCCAACAGCCUCGGCCAGAGAUUUGGUGUUACGCCGCCGGCGCAACAAGCUAGUGCUGGUCCCGACGCGACAGCAGGGGCCUAUGGACAGCCGGCAUCAGAGUCGGCAGGGUCCAUGUCAGUAAGAGAUCUGGCGUCCGCGAUAGGCAAGAAGAAACCGGCUCCUCCACCGCCUAGGAAGAAGCCUGAUUUGAGUGCGGGCGGUACUGCGGGCGCACCGCCGCCGGUCCCCAUGAGCACAAGACCGACCUUUUAA